GCCAGUCUUCCCUUCCUGCCAGCCUCUUGAGAGAGCCCGCGGACUGGGGCUGAGAGGAACUCUGCAGUUACUCUCUUCACACACCAGCCUGGGCCUGUAGAGCUGCCAGCACCAUGCAGGACGAGGUGGCUCUUCUGGCCACUGUCACCCUCCUGGGAGUCCUGCUGCAAGCCUAUUUCUCCCUGCAGGUGAUCUCCGCGCGCAGAGCCUUCAGCGUGUCUCCGCCGCUCACCACCGGGCCGCCGGAGUUCGAACGCGUCUACCGAGCCCAGGUGAACUGCAGCGAGUACUUCCCGCUGUUCCUGGCCACGCUCUGGGUCGCCGGCAUCUUCUUUCACGAAGGUACGGCGGCCCUGUGCGGCUUGGUCUACCUUUUCGCGCGCCUCCGCUACUUUCAGGGCUACGCGCGCUCGGCGCAGCAAAGGUUGACCCCGUUGUACGCGAGCGCGCUCGCGCUCUGGCUGCUCCUGGCGCUCGCGGCGCUCGGCCUGCUCGUCCACUUUCUCCCCUGA